CUAGAUUAAAAUCAAAAUAGAAAUUCUAAACCCGAAAGGAGAAUUUUGAUUUCCAGAGCUAAACAUAACACGAUCCAAACCCAUAAAUCCCGCAUCGAGUGGAACCGAUAUCUUCUCCCCUUCGAAGUUCCAACUCUCCGUUUCCGUCUUUCUUUUCGAUUCUCCUUCAAACCCUCUUUUCUUCGUCUUCUUCAAAUCUCUACAUUUCAAAAUCUUCGCUAAUCUCUUCUUCCCCUUCUUUUCCGAUCUGACCGUGACCCCAUUCGAAGCUUCUUCUUUCACCAAGCUUUCUCUCCGCUAUCAACUUUAACUUUCGUCCUGUAUUCCUUAGCCUUCCCUUGCUUUUGCAGUCUCCGCCACCGAACAAUUCCUAUCCCGAGAUAAUCCCACUUUUGGGUCGUGUUUCUCACUUAUUCAAAUCGCUGGUUCUUUGAUUUUGGGCUUAUUUCACUCUGCAUCUGCUGCGACUUGGAGGUUAUAACAUCUCUCUCUCGGUCUUGUUAGAUAAUUGAAGUUCAUGGCAACUCUGAAAGACCUUCUUCCUGCUGUAAAGUCAACUACUGUAACUCACUAUGAUCAUUCAAAUGAUCCAUGGUUCAAGCAGCGGUUUAGUUCCUCAGAAGCAGAGCAAACUUCUGUUAUCAAGGUGAACCCUGUGCCGCCUUACUUGAAGCGUGGUGGAUUUGUUCCAAGGAAAGUAGAGGAUUUUGGAGAUGGUGGUGCUUUUCCAGAGAUUCACAUUGCUCAAUACCCACUUGACAUGGGUAGAGACAAAUCGUCGAAGCCUGGAUCGAAGAUCCUUCCUAUUACAGUCGACGCACAUGGAAAUGUUGCAUAUGAUGCUAUUGUCAAGCAGAAUGAGAAUGCUAAAAAGAUCGUCUAUUCACAACAUAAAGACCUCAUUCCAAAGAUUUUGAAAGAUGACGAGGUGAGUGAUGAAGAUGAAGAGUUGCAGAAGGAGAUUGAAGAAACAACUGAGGAAACGAAGUCUGCACUUGAAAAAAUAGUUAAUGUGAGAUUGAGUGCAGCACAGCCUAAAAAUGUUGCCAAACAGUCAUCGGAUUCAAAGUUUAUCAAGUAUAAGCCAUCUCAACAAUCAGCUGCAUUUAAUUCAGGUGCCAAGGAGAGAAUAAUUAGAAUGGUUGAGAUGCCAGUUGAUCCGCUUGAGCCUCCAAAGUUCAAGCAUAAACGCGUUCCUAGAGCUUCAGGGUCUCCACCUGUGCCUGUUAUGCAUUCCCCUCCUCGUCCUGUGACAGUGAAGGAUCAGCAGGAUUGGAAGAUUCCUCCUUGUAUUUCAAAUUGGAAAAAUCCAAAAGGUUAUACGAUCCCACUUGACAAGCGUCUCGCAGCUGAUGGUAGAGGCCUUCAAGAAGUUCAAAUUAAUGACAACUUUGCAAAGCUAUCUGAAGCUCUGUAUGUUGCAGAACAGAAAGCAAGAGAAGCUGUUGCAAUGAGAUCUAAGGUUCAGAAAGAAAUGCUUAUGAAGCAGAAAGAGAAGAAAGAGCUGGAGCUCCGAGCAUUAGCGCAGAAAGCCCGUUCUGAGAGAACCGGAGCUGCACCUCCUUCUUCAGUUCUUUAUCCAUCUGAUAGAAACGAAGUAGAUACUUCUGAGAUGAAAGGGGAGUUUGAGCGUGUAAGAGAGAAAGAGAAGGAUUUACCAAAGGAGACAAGGGAGGAAAGGGAAGAGCGGUUGCAAAGGGAGAAGAUUCGUGAAGAACGAAGGCGAGAGAGGGAAAGGGAAAGAAGGCUGGAAGCUAAAGAUGCUGCAAUGGGAAAGAAGAGUAAGAUCACAAGAGAUAGAGAUCGUGAUAUCAGUGAGAAGGUUGCACUUGGCAUGGCUUCUACCGGAGCUGGUAGACAGGGAGAGGUUAUGUAUGACCAGAGGCUAUUUAACCAAGAUAAAGGAAUGGACUCUGGAUUUGCCAACGAUGACCAGUACAACAUAUAUGACAAGGGUUUAUUUACCGCCCAGCCCACUCUCUCAACCCUUUACAGACCUAAAAAGGAUACUGAUUCUGAUAUGUAUGGAGGUGCAGAUGAACAGUUAGACAAGAUAACCAAGACCGAUCGUUUCAAGCCGGACAAGUCGUUUUCAGGCACUGCAGAAAGGUCUGGACCUAGAGAUAGGCCAGUUGAGUUUGAGAGAGAGGUUGAAGAAGCCGAUCCAUUCGGACUCGACCAGUUCUUGACUGAAGUGAAGAAAGGUAAGAAGGCUAUGGAUAAGGUUGGGUCUGGUGGGACAAUGAGAGCUGCUGGUGGUUCAUCAACGAGAGAUGGCUAUGAGGGUGGCUCUGGUAGAUCUCGCAUUGGAUUUGAAAGAGGCCAUUAGGUACAGUGCCAUCAGUUUUUAUCAUGUAUUUGAGUUAUAUUACCACUUGGAUUCUCUUCACAUAGGAAAACUUCAGUAAUUUCCCCAAGUGGUGCUUUCCCAAACUGCUCCUAACAAAACUGGAUUUGGAUCGUACUUGUUUGCUUCUGCUAUUGAUUGUGCUGUUUUUUCUCUCUCUAUAGUUUCUUGUGUUGGAACAUUUUGUCAGUGGGUUCAAUUUUCACUAGUAAAUUAAAAUGACCAGUUGUUGUAGUAA